CCAUGCAGGAGAUGUACGACGUGGUGGCCAACGUGGAGGACUACAAGAACUUUGUGCCCUGGUGCAAGAAGUCGGUGGUGGUGGCGCGGCGCGCCGGCCACGUCAAGGCCCAGCUGGAGGUGGGCUUCCCUCCCGUGCUGGAGCGCUACACCUCCAUCGUCACCCUGGUGCAGCCACACCUGGUCAAGGCCGUCUGCACCGACGGGCGCCUCUUCAACCACCUGGAGACCAACUGGCGCUUCAGCCCCGGCAUCCCCGGCUACCCCCGCACCAGCACCGUGGAUUUCUCGAUCUCCUUCGAGUUCCGCUCCCUGCUGCACUCCCAGCUGGCCACCAUGUUCUUCGACGAGGUGGUCAAGCAGAUGGUGGCCGCCUUCGAGCGCCGCGCCGCCAAGAACUUCGGGCCCGAGACCCGCAUCCCCCGGGAGCUGAUGUUCCACGAGGUGCACCAGACGUGAGGGUGGCCGGCCCGGGCCCCCCCGGACUGUGCCCACCCCCCAAAAUAUUUAUUCAAGUGCGUUUCCGCUGCUGUUGCCUCAGCGCCGUGAGGAGCUGCGUCCCCCCGGCGCUGGACUCCCCUGGAUUUGGAGCUGAUUUGGGGUUUUAAGUUUUGUUUUAGUUUUUGGUUUGUUUUUUUU